AUGGUGCCUUCUUCAAUGAAUGUUUUAGACAUGGCGAAUUCAAGCACCCAAGAUUUAGUCGUCGAUGGGGCCGAACUGAGCCACCCAAUAACCAUUAAACGCGGUAAAACAUCUCGCAUUCAUCAGGUCGUUGCAUAUCCAACGCAAUUAACCCGAAAAACGACCAACGGUUUCGCUGAUAGUUCAACUCCACCCGAUCCGAAAACAAUUAAGAAAUGUCGAUGGCACACAGCUGGCAUCAUUCGAUUUCAUAUCAAUCCGGAAACAAAUCAAAUCUAUGAAGCACGACCCAGUCUACAUGAACUCGAAAUCACCUUAGAAUGUCUGCUCGACGAAUCCCACAAACAGCAAUUAGCUACACGGGCCGAACAAAUCUAUGGAUUGGAAUUUACAUCCGAAAACUUUGUCAUCUGUCCGUUUCAAACAUUUCUUGCACAACUAACAGUACCCAUGGACGGCGUUCCGAAAACGUACUAUGGUGUUUU